AAUCUGAAACCCUUUCCGAGUUUCUGCUUCUCCGUCUCUCCUCCUCUCUAAAAGGGUUGCUCAAAUGGCCGAUGAUCAAGAAACAGCUGACAAACAAUCAGAAGCUACUUUGUCAAAUCCAUCUCAAAAACAGGAAACUCGUGAUGAAGUGCUAUCUAGGCACAGGAAAGAGAUAUCUAAUCUGCAGAAGAAGGAAAUUGAAAUGAAGAAGGCAGCAGCGAAGGGUAGCAAAGCUGAGCAAAAGGCUAAAAAGAAGCAGGUUGAGGAAGAGAUCUCUCAACUCUCUGCUAAGCUUAAAGAAAAGCAUGCCCAAGAGCUUGCUUCAUUAGGAUACAGCACUAGUAAUGAAAAUGAGAAAAACAGUAUUGACAACUUGGUGAAGGCCAUUGCUGGGGUUUCUGUUGCCAGUCAGCCUGACCAUUCAAAGCCCAGCAAGAGUGCAAAGAGACGAGAGAAAAGAGCUCAGCAAGAAGCUGCAAGAGAGCAAAGAAUUCAAGAAGAGCGGAGCAACAUUGUGAGUGAGAGAAUGAUUGAAGAUGAGAAAUUGGUGAAAAAACUUGAACCCCUUGGAUUGACGAUCAACGAAAUAAAGCCAGAUGGACAUUGCCUCUACCGAGCUGUUGAAGAUCAACUGGCACUUCUGUCAGGUGGUUCUUCUCCUUAUACAUACCAAGAGCUACGUGAACUGGUGGCUGCUUAUAUGAGGAAAAACAUGUCUGAUUUCCUUCCCUUUUUCCUGGCCGAGAAUUUGGCAGACGAAGAUGCUGGAAACUCACCAGCAGAGAGAUUUGAGCAUUACUGUAAAGAGGUGGAGUCAACAGCUGCUUGGGGAGGACAGUUAGAGCUGGAAGCUUUAACUCGCAGCCUAAGAAAACAUAUCAUGAUAUUUUCAGGAUCCUUCCCUGAUGUGGAGAUGGGAAAGGAAUACAAAGCUGAAGGAGGGUCUUCUUCAUUCAAAGGUUCUGUUAUGUUAUCAUACCAUAGGCAUGCCUUUGGUCUUGGCGAGCACUAUAAUUCUGUGGUCCCAAAUGUGAUCGCAUAGGUAACUUCAAAUCACCAGCGGUAGAUUCCUAUCUGUAUCGAUAUUUACUUUAUUAUGAUCUCUUGAGAGAAUAAGUGACAAACUCUAAGUUAAAUUACAAAACUACGCAUGUGAUUGAUGCUAGUUGAUUCAUUAUUUAUGUUUAUCUCCUAUUGGUUGAUUCGGGCGAAUAACUUUGUCUUUGUCCAGAAUGGUGAAAUCCAGAAUUCCAGAUAACAAUGUUGCACAGAAUUUUGCUGCUUUGCAACUAGACAAGCCACAUUGCAGAAUGCAGAUCGAUGUUAGCGGUCUAAACUUUUCUUCUCAUACAAGAGAAAAGAAAGAGAAGAAAAUUUGUAGAAGCUGCUAUUUAGGAACAUCAUUUAAAUCCACAUCUCUGUGAAUUGUGAUGCUGAGAUCACCGUGAUCUUUGGAGAUUCAUCCACCGAAGUUGAUAUUCUCUCACAGACACUAGUACAUCAUCUCAACUCAAUCUCUCUCCUUUGUAAGGGAGAAAAGAUCAAGAAAAAUGUGAACAUAUC